GCCUCAGGCGGGGUGUGCGGCACACGGGGAUUCAGCUCCGAAUCCAUCCCGCCCACACAAAGCUGUCAGGGAAGCCUGCCCUGGAGAGAAAUGCUGAAAACCACACGCCAACACCUCCUUCUGCAGCACUGCUGCACAAACUGCUCAAAACCCCUGCUCGGAGACGGGUUACGGCUUCAUUAUUAGCACAGACGGAAGCAUUUAUGAAGGAAUUCCACCAAGCAACCCUCUCUUUCUUCCAUUCCUUUUUUUUUAAUCUUCAUUCUCCACAGGAACGUCCCUCAGCAGCCACGGAGAGACGCAGACUCCCCCACUAAAGCUUUUAAUCUGGCACGGUCCCCUCCUCAGCACGGCCAAGGCCACCGCACACGGCUGUGGCGGCCGGCGCAGGGCCCGGACUGGGAACGCGGGGCGCGGGCCGGGAACGCGGAUCGGGAAUGCGGGGAGCGGACCGGGAACGCGGAUCGGGAAUGCGGGGCGCGGACCGGGAACGCGGAUCGGGAAUGCGGAGCUCGGAUCGGGAAUGCGGGGCGCGGACCGGGCAUGCGGACCGGGCCCGCGGGCCCGCGGAACCCAAGCCCAGCACUCCCGGUGCCCGCCCGGCGCCACCACGGCAGGGCACCGCCCCGCCCCGCGCGCCCCCGCGCCGGCCCCGCCAAUCAGCGCGCGGCAGGAGCGGCCGCCGGGAGGGGCGGGGCCGGCGGCGCGCGCGCCCCCGGCCUGGCGAGCCGAUUGGCCGUUUCGCGGCCAAGCCGCCCAAUCGGAGCGCGCCUUGCGGAGGCGCGCGGAGCCUAUGGCAGGGGUGGUUCCUCUUCCGCUCCGGCAGUUUGAAACCGUCGGUGCCGGCGGCCGGCACGGCCGGGGCCCGCAGAUUUACUUUGUGCACAAUGUCAUCUGAUGAAGAUAAACGCACAAGUCCAGUUUUGCCAAAAGACUUUGUUCAGGACAGUUCUGUUUCUCCAGAUCCUCAGGAUGAAUAUGAGGAGCUGUUUGAAUAUACUGUAGUGACUCCGAGGUUUGAACCGUGUGUCUCAAGGUUGCCAGAGCCUGCACCAGAGCUGAGAUCUCCUGACAGAGUUUUAAGGAUAAUAGAUGAUGCCAGUCACCAUAAGGCUCCAGUCUCAACAUCAGUGAAGCAGGCUGGUAUGGAACAACCUGUUCUUUCAGAAGCAACUUCCUCUCAGGGGUGCACACAUGAUGGAAGAGAAGUCAACAGAACCACAGUGACUGAAUUGACUUUACCAGAUGAAAAAGUCACUCAAAUAGAAAACAUACUUGAUCUCUGGAGUGGAAGUCUUAAGACAAAUAUUCUGACUGAACUGAAAAAUUGGAAACUUAAUUUGAUUCAGCAUCACCAGCUUCAAAUGAGACAACAGGAAGAGAAACAUGCCACACAUGUGAAACAACUGCAGAAUGAGGUGGAAAACCUGAAGGAGUUACUUCAUAGUUAUGAACUCUCUAUUAGCAGGAAAGAUGAGGUAAUUGCUAACCUGACUCGAGCAUUAGAAAAACAAAAGGACAGAGUAGAGUUGAUGAGAAGGUUUACAUUCUGGCGGAUUCAGCAUGUUGAAGCCAAACAAGAGGAAUGUGCAAUUAGAAUGGCAGAUAAACAUUUCCAGACAGCUUUGAUGAAGAAAGUGUGGGCAGCCUGGCGUUCUGUUAGUGAAGAAAGAUGGAAAGACAAAGUAACAAAAGCCUGUCAGUUAAGAGCAGAAGAUGUCUGUGUUCAGCUCACCAAUGAUUAUGAAGCCAAAAUUGCAGAGCUAACUGCUACUGUGGAGCAGACAAAAGCUGAGAUUCUGCGACUGCAUAAUGAAAGAGAUGAGUAUGAAGACACCAUGAAGAAAGCUUUCAUGCGUGGUGUGUGUGCUUUGAAUCUGGAAGCAAUGACCGUGUUCCAAAGCAAGGACAGUAGGCCAGAUCCUGUAACGGAUAUAGGAAGCAGGAGAAGUGAUAAUGCUCCCACUGCUGCAGGAAGGCCACCUCCUUCACCAUACAGUCCACCCUCACCACCACCUCCCCCAGCACCUGCUCUUCAGAUGGAAAACAUGUUUUCUAGCCAUCUGGCUCAUGCAAGCACUCCUGAGACCAGACUAGAUUCUGAUUCUCCAGUAAUUGUCACUAGCACAACGUCAGGAUCUGGUGUGACAUCAACUCAGAAACUGCCCAUGGCAAAAGUAAUAACAUCUGCACAACAGAAAGCAGGAAGAACUAUCACUGCUCGAAUCACAGGCCGAGCUGAUGUGGGACAGAAAUCCAGAGCUGGGAGUUUGGCAGUGAUGGGAGUUGCUCCACCCAUGAGCUCAGUCAUUGUCGAGAGACAUCACCCAGUCACUCAGCAAACCAUAUCACAAGCCAUUGCUGCUAAAUACCCUCGAACUGUGUUUCAUUCUUCUGGCUCUACCUCUGCAAGACCUGCAGGACAAGCUGGGCGAGUGCUUCAGGGCCAAACCAGUGUUCAGUCAAUAAAAGUUGUUGACUGACUGACUUUCUCACCAGUAGGGGUUUUUAAUCAAGGUACCUCUUCUCAGUCUUUCUGGA